AUGCUGUCAGCUCUCAACAGUCACCCGCUCGAGUUUUACGCCAACAUGGGCAACUUACUGGGAAAGGACAAAUCAAAAGGGCCAAAGAUAACUUCAAAGGACAAGGCCAUUUUGGACCUGAAAAUACAACGAGACAAACUACGACAAUAUCAAAAAAAGAUUCAGGUCAUUCUCUCCCGGGAAGUGGAAGUUGCGAAGCAUCAUCUUCGUUCUGGAGAUCAAGGGCGAGCUUUAUUGGCCCUCAAAAAGAAGAAGUACCAGGAGCACCUGCUGGCAGAAACCGAUCAGCAGCUUCUCAACCUAGAACAAUUGACGAGCCAGAUUGAGUUUGCGCUGGUUGAACAAGAUGUCGUCAAGGGACUCCAGCAAGGAAAUGAAAUUCUUAAACAAAUACAUCAAGAAAUGUCAUUGGAUGCUGUUCAGAAGCUAAUGGACGAUACAGCUGAUGCGAUUGCCUAUCAAGCGGAAAUUGAUGAGUUGAUUAGUGGAAAAAUAUCUCCCGAGGAUGAGGAGGAAAUCAUGGCACAGCUGGAUGCAUUAGAGGCAGAAGAGAUAGCAGCAAGGUUGCCCGAUGUCCCAGCGGCGAAAGGCAAGGGAUCAGAAGCCACACAAUCCGUUUCGGCUAAUAAACUGCCCAUUGAUUUGAAUGACCUCCCCCCAGUCCCUACAAAGGAGUUACCCAGGUUGGAAGAGCCAGACGAAGCGGCGGAACAUGCGAAGAUAUCCAAAAUUGCUAAGGCGCGAGCUGAACCGAAAUUGGAAGAGCCAUUAAUGGCAUAGCGAGAUCAAAUCUCAAUCUGUAUUACACAACAAAAAAAAACCCCCCACGGCCACAGGCGAGCUGGUCUCGCGAUUGAUCGACAAAAGCCAACCAGCGCUUCAUUUAGACCAUAAAUCAUGUCCAAUAGGCAUUUCUUUUACUCGCUCG